GGAAAGGACCUCAAGGCACACGAGACGAUCGUCCGCUUGGCGCACUUCUUGAUCAUGGCAGCCAACGAUGCCGCGGCACCCAGGCAGCCGAUCCGAUCAUCCAAGACCGGCAAAACCGCAGCCCAGGCGGUCGCAAACCUCCUGGACCCCACCGACGAACCGCCCCGAGAGACCCGACGCCACCAGUUCGUCCGGCCUCCCUCCGCCAGCCAAAAAGGCAAAGCCAGCCCCACUGGAGGAGGACUCAAGCUCCGGUAGCGAGAGCGAUAUCGAGGAGAACUCACUUCAGCGAGAGCUGGACAAGGCGAAGGAGGCGUGCCUGGACCCCCUCGUUCACCUCUACCCCGCAAAGCUCCACGGGCCACUGCUGCGCCUGCAGGAGAAAGCCAUCCGGGUCGGGGCCAAAAGGAGCGUGGUUGAGCGCUAUAAGAACUUAGCGAAUUUCGUCCUCGAAAACCCCUCGAAGACAAACAUGUGGUAGCUGGUGGCCGUAGGGGCAGUCAGACUAGUUUACAAGGUCUUUCUACUUCUGGCGGUUUUCGGCCAGAUGUGCAAG